GUAUAUUUUCACCCAUACUCGACCGAACCGCCUGUUUCCCACUGCGCUUUUACCACUUUAUGGGUUUUACGCGCCAGCCUGUUGAAUUAACAGUUAGUUUGCGUUGUUCUCUCUCCGUAAUCCAUUGUUCGACCAGAUCGUCUUCAGUCGUUGUAGAAAAGUUGAACGUAUAAAGUCACGAAAAACUGAUCAAAGGCACGCGGAAAAAAUGCCUAAUUUAAAAUUCGCGUUUAUUUUUUCAUUGAUUUUCGCUUUUGCGUUAGCUCAAAUGGAUGAUCAUCACGCCAGCCAUAUGAACCACGAACAGCAUAGGGUAAAUGUAGCAGUCUACUACGAAUCACUCUGCCCAGAUUCGAGAAAGUUCUUCACCCAGCAACUCUACCCGUCUUUGCAAGGAAACUUAUCAAAUUUCGUGAACCUGACCUUGGUACCAUAUGGCAAAACGAAAAUGAACUUCGUCACUAACGAGUACGAAUUUGAAUGCCAUCAUGGACCCAAAGAGUGUGAGGGAAACAAAAUUCAGGCUUGUGCCUUGAAGCUGAUUGACGGAGGAAGGAAAACCGAGGGGAUUGGAUUCAAUAAAGUUACCGUGGGCUUCAUCAACUGCCUGAUGGACAAAACUGAACGGAAAGGCAACGACGCCACUUUCCCAGUGAAAGACUGCGCGGAAAUCAACCACGUUAAUAACUUGAAUAUCAUUGAAAAUUGUGCUGGGCAUACUGAUGGAUCAAACUACCUUGCCAACUUGGGCGCUCUGACUAAAGCCGUAGCUGAUCCAUUGGCGUCCGUACCAACAAUUGUUUUCAACCAGAAUUUCAAAUCCGAAGACAACACUCUAGCUCAGACCAACUUUGUGAAAGCUUUGUGCCAGUACAUCCAAGGAACCAAACCCAGCGACUGCAAUGGUGCCAGCAAUAUUCAAAUAUCUUUGGGGUUUCUAGUUGUUGUUAGCUUUAUCGCAAAACUAUUCAAUUAAGUACAUGAAAAUUUCUCAGGGGUGCUAUCGUAUGUACAGAAAAAUCCCGACUUUAAUACUCCUAGAACCCAUACUAAUAAGAAACUUGUACUUUAAGAUAAUACUGUACUUACUAUGUGAAUGGCGUUUCAAGUUUAAGGCAAAACCUACCAAUUAAAGAGCGUGUUGCCAUAAGAAUCAUUGCAAAACAGUGGCGGCUAGUUAGAGGCCGCGCAUAAAUAAGAAUUUUACAA